AUGGCGGGAGCCUAUGCAGUGCAGGCGAUGGAAGGCGAGGGGACGUGGUCUGCAGACACGUCCCUUCAGGUGAUCGCUGCCAGCCGCGUUCGCGAAUGGAGGCAGAAGCACAGGGUGCAGGGCGACUCCGACUUCGCCUUUUAUUUCACGAACUACGAGCAAGCCGUGAGACAGGCGGGCCAUCACGUGGCCGAUGCGUGGACGGUGGUUCGGGCUGAGCAGGAAGGCUGCCUCAUUUCGGCUGCGUCUAUGGCAGUGGAAGGACCCUUGUCUUCGCGCGAGCGGCCACCUCUGCCUAGGCCAAGCGCGGCUGCAGGACGCAAGGGUAGGAUUGCCCCGCCCCAGCCAGACGGCGGUGACUUGCGUGAUCGCAGGCAGCGGCUGGCAGCAGCUUUGGUCCAGGUGGGGGCGUUUCGCCCGGCUGGUCCUCUUACGGACGCUCUUCGCCGAGAGUGGGAGAGGGCUGUCGACAGGACAGUGUCCAGGUUUGUGGACAGGGCCGAUCGCUCUACGAUCGAGGGUGUCUUAAGCACUUGGGGCGAGCUCUCCGCAUGGCAAAGGGCGAGGUCACACCCCCUGGUGCCUGAGAUAGUGGACGUGUACUCUUUCCUGGCCGAGGGCACUCCGGCACCGGCCCGAGCCCUGGCUUGCUUGAAGUGGCUGGUCAAGAAGGCGAAGCUUGACCUCGAUUUGGCUGAUGUAGAGGUUGGCCAUGGCCAGGGCAGGUCGGGGCAGCCUCGCGGCCAAGCACCGUGUGUCGGCCCAGACAUGCUGGGUUCCUGGAGGAAAAGAUCGAGCUGGCUCACUCCCACGGUGACGCGAAGUGGACGGUAUCCGAGCCGCGUCGUAUUUCCUCGACAGCUUUUCAUGGUCAUUGCCGCCGGCCGGGGGAAGCAGGCUCACCUGAGGAUCUCUGGGUUCGACUUCGCGAUCUGCUCCCGGUUCUCCUCCGGAUGGUCUUGGGCCGAGGCAUGGCUCCGUGAGUGGGAGGCACUCACUCCGCUGGCCAAGAAGAGAGCGGGCAUCUGCUUCAAUCGGGAUGGCAAGCCCUGGGCUAUUUCUGAAAUCAACCUCAGUGUCCAGGAAAUCUUCAGUGACAUGCUCCAGGAGCCCGCGGACAUGACCACCUACAGUUGGAGGCGGCUUUUGCCGACGGUGGGCCAGCUCCUCCGAUUAUCUCCUCAGGAGCAGCUGGCACUAGGAGAUUGGGCCAGCAACAACCCGGAAGGUAACCAGAUGCCCCUCCACUACAGCAGCGCUCGCUAUACGACUUCGCUUCGGUUCAAGGCACUCUCACUGGCAGCAGCGUGGGAGGUUCGUGGCUUCGAGGUCGAUGAUGUGAUCGUGGGGGACCGGACCACGAUCUACCAGGCUCCUGUGACUACCGAGGCCUUGCACCGCUCGUUGGCCUUGACCAGUCGCUUUGCGCUCGCUUUCAGCUUGGACGCUGCAACCUGGCAGGGCAUGAUUGCUCAGGAGCCGGGUCCCUCCGUGGGUGCGGGCAAGAGACCAUUGCAAGCCCCGGCGCCGCGGCCGAAGGAUUCAGCCAGGGUCCCUGAGCCGGCCCGUCCGCCCCCAAAGAAGCUGCGCAGCUCCCCGGCUUUGCCAAUCGCCGACGAGCCCGCUUCAGAGGGAGCCACAGGGAGUGCGGAGCGCGGCCGCACCGAGAGCUGGCGCAACUACUUCGACCGCCUUGCCACAGCGGGAGGAAGGGAUGCUCAGGCCCGCACAGAGAUUUGGCGUUCUGGAUCUGGGGGCAGACUCUUCUUGGCCGGCCUCCCCACGUCGGCUACGGCGCAGCACUUUUCUAAGGUGGCUUUGCAGGUGACCUGCUUUGACAAAACCCCGGAGCAGAGGGGUGGGGUCCUUUUGCAGGGUGAGGACGUGCUCUACCGUUGCAUGGCAGGUCGGCACGCCACAUAUGCGGGGCUAGUUCGAGCCCUCCUGGCCUUCGAGAGUCUGCCCGUGGCCUACGAUCACAUUAAGUCCCUUCGCGACGUCGAGCCAGAGAAGGUCUUGAAGGAACGGUUUGUGGGGGACUUCGUGCACCACAUGCGUCGAAGCAUCAAGAUCGGGCAAGCAGCCCCAGCACCCACGACCUAUUUGGCAACGGCUCUCUCCAACGUCCACAUUGCCACCAACGACAUCCCGUUGUGCAAGCACAACCAGGCACCGUCCAAGGCGCUGCGGCUGAGGGAUGCAUGGUCUACUUCAGAUCGAGAAGAAGCCGUGGGCUGGGGCAUCAGCUUCUGCAAGGCCUGCCUUAAGCUGUCUCCGGCCUCUUGGCACCCGCGGUGA